AGGAGCUAGGGAGCAGUGGCGACUGGCACCUGGGACCCUCCUUAAGGAGAAACAGAGAACUGGCAGAUCAGAUCAGAGAGGAUGACAGGCAAAGAGGGGGAGGUGUUGUCAGAAAGUUUAAACAAGCCUAAAACUGCACCAGUCUCAGAGAAUGCAUGCAAUAUUCAGCAACCAAGCAAGAAUAAUGCCAUUGUCAACAACCCACCUCGCUGCACCGGAUUUGGUAUACAGGAGAUCUUGGGCUUAAACAAGGAACCGCCUUGCGCCCCACGGGCUGCCCUGGACUCCCUGCCGGCUGGGGCUCACCUUCUGGCUGCCAGGUCUGUUUUGAGCCCUACAGGAGUAGGGAUGGGGAUGGGUUUGUUGGGACCAGGAGGGAUGCCAGGGUUUUACACUCAGCCAACAUUCCUAGAGGUGCUGUCCGAUACCCAGGGAGUCCAUCUUCAGCCCCUAAGCAGAAGCACCGGACCACUGGAAGCAAGUCAGACGGCUAGCUCAGACUCUGAAGAUCUCUCCUCUAGUGACAGAAAACUCACAAAAUCCUCCAUCAGCCAGAGUAAGAAACGGAAGAAGAGAAGACACAGGACUAUUUUUACUUCCUAUCAGUUGGAAGAGCUUGAGAAGGCAUUUAACGAAGCCCACUACCCUGAUGUGUACGCCAGGGAGAUGCUAGCCAUGAAGACAGAACUUCCUGAGGAUAGGAUACAGGUCUGGUUUCAGAAUAGACGAGCUAAAUGGAGGAAGCGUGAGAAGUGCUGGGGGAGGAGCAGUGUCAUGGCUGAAUAUGGCCUGUAUGGGGCCAUGGUGCGACAUUCCAUUCCUCUCCCAGAAUCCAUCCUCAAGUCAGCUAAAGAUGGCAUCAUGGAUUCCUGUGCACCAUGGUUGCUUGUUCAGGAUGGCUUACCAAUGACCAGGCGAUUUUCUAAAUCCGAAUACCAACAAUUCUUUUUAGGGAUGCACAAGAAAUCUUUGGAAGCAGCAGCCGAGACAAGGCGGAAGAUUGAAACGGAACAUCAAGUCAUCCAAAAACAAGACAAGAAUGAAAAGGAAGAAGAAGACAAAGGCAAAGAUCCCACGUCUCCCAUCUCCAAAGAGGAACUGAGAGAAAACAGCAUUGCUGCUCUGAGGGCAAAGGCUCAGGAGCACAGUGCCAAAGUGCUGGGGACAGUUUCUAGUGAUGUACCAGGAAGGAACAUAGACAAAGAUGAAGAAGACGAAAGGAGACAUGCCCAGCCAAAUGUCACACAGGAAGAAGCACAAAUGAAUUAAUAAGUAAAAACUUUUUUAAACAAACUUUAUAUUUUGAUUUUCCUUUAUGAAACUGUAGUAUUUGGGGACCAGUUGUGGUUCUUUUGAGCUACUCUAAAAGCAGCAUAUUCCGUGUCCUGAGCAUCUGAUUCAGUAAAAGUGUCCUACCAAGAUGUAGGCAAUAUGUUUCAGUAUAUUUCAUCUUCAGAGGCUGCAGAAAAAAAUAUAACAGUUUGAAAUUUGUUGCAAAAAAAGUGUUUCAGAUUUAUAAAAUUUUAUUGCAAGAGGUGAACUAAUGUUUGAUUAGAGUCACUGGCUUUGAAGCAACAUUGAUUUGUAAUAUCCUGUUGAGUUUUUGUCAUUUGUUAAUUUACUUGCUGACAAAACGGUUCCACUUGCAAGAACACCACUAAGACUAGAUCAUGGUAUGUUGUAUUGUCUCUUCAACAUAACAUCAAUAUACACUUCUGCAAUAAAAAUGUUUUGAUUUAAUGAUUUAAUUUAAUCUUUUGUUAAUAGGGUUAUGUGAACUGAUCUGUCUCAUAUGGUAAGAGCAUGCAGGUUCUGCAAAGACAGUGACUAAAGGUCAGGACUGAACUCUUGAUCUA